UUUCCCAAUUUGCUCCAUUUCUCCAAGUGUGCUUUGAGAAUUCCAAUUGAAUAGCCGCAAUGCGUCAAAUGUUUUUUUAAUACGUACGUAAUCUGAAUCACAAUAAACAACAUAUAAAAGGCUUUACUUUUUCUUGUCAGUCACACAUCACAUUCUUUUCUGGUUAAGGAAGGUUCAUUCUACAAACAAAAUGCUUUCUUUCAAAUCUAUCGUACUCGUCGCUGCGGCGUUCCUCUCCACUGAAGCAAGCGUGGUUCCUGCUCCAUUAGUUGCUCCGGCUCAUGUGGGUUACGCUCACGCUGUGCCCCAGAAUGUUCCUCCAUACGCUUCUCAAAUUAACAUCGAGAGUCGGGCAAUCAACGGCUUAGUGCCUGCAGGUGUUGCUGCCCCAUUCGCUGCACCUUUAGCUGCACCAGCUGCUUACGCCGCACCAGCACAUUACGCCGCGCCUUACGCAUCAUACGUUGCAGGACCAGCUCCUCUAUACUCAUCUUAUGCCGCUCCUUAUGCUCUACCCGGUCCCUUUGCCCCAGCUGCAUAUGCUGCUUCUUAUCCUUAUGCUGGAGCUGCCCCAUUAGUCCGAUCCCCCUACGGUUUCGCCCCAGCGUUCGUACGAUAGUUUGUAAGAAAACAUCUUGAACCUUCCCAAAGACUUAUCAUUAGUUUAAGACUUUUGUACCUUAUGAAAUUAAAUAAAUAAUUUUUGUAAUA